AUGACUGUUUCAAGUAUCUUGGAUUACUUGGCGAAAAAAUUUCUCAUAUCGUCGUCGAGUCUAUCCAGACCACUUUUGGAAGUUGCAUGUCAUUUGAUUACCUAUGAAACCCUUGGAGAUUAUAUUCUUCAGAAGGUUCCUAUUUCAAGAAAUUUUAUAAAUACAGUCCCUGAAAGUCAAGUUUUUCCAAUACCAGCACUAUGCUCUCUGUCGUAUGCCUUGCGUUUGAUUCAGAGGUUUGAAUUUAAGUGUAAUCAUGAAGAAUGGUUAAAUAAUGUGAAACCCAACUUGGGUCCUGGAAUAUCAGAAAGAGUAAUGGAUGCCCUGGCAUCAACAGAUGAUAAUUUAGAAAGCUGCUGGAAAUUAAAGGCUGAGUUCAAGGCUGACUACGGUGUCCUUGUAAUACCUACCGUUCCAGGGCCACCUCCAAACCUCAACCUGGAUGGUAUUACAUUGAGCGACUUUCGUGCCAAAGCUUUCAGUUUGCUAGCCGUUGCAGGCAUGUCUGGCUUUUGCCAGAUCCCUGUUCCACUUGGGAUGCAAGAUGGCCUUCCUGUUUCAGUUUCUUUGUUAGCAAGAGAUGGAGCAGAUUUUUUCCUUCUUCAUCUUGUUCAGGCUUUCUAUCAAACUGUAAAAGAACGAGCUGCUGCUAUUUGGGAAUCUGGUUUGUGA